UUGAAACUCAUCGUUAAUGUUUGGAUUUUAAGUUGUGUUGCAAACAGUUUUCAAUUGUGUGUUUCUCUUGAGAAUCUUUUCUGUUUUAGUAUUUUUUAAAUUAAAUAACGAGUUGCAACAUGCGGUUUCUUGUUUUUUGGGUUUUUGUUGAUGAUUUUUUACGUUUUAUUUUUUUAUUUUUAUGAGAGACAAGUUUUGACGUUGGCAGUAAUAUCCUAAGAAUAAAAAAUUCCAUGGGAAAAGCUAUUUUCUCCCUGAUCAGAGUUUAAAUGGGUAAGUGAAAACUGCUUAGAGUGAUCUUUGAUAUCUUGAUAUUUUGUUUUCUAACAAAGAAGUCAUAGAUUAGUAUUUGUAAUAAAAUCCUUCUCGAUUUAAUUAUUAAUCAAUUAUAUUUUUUAAAUCGCUUCCAAAAGAGGAUUAAGGGAGCACUGUUUAUCGAUAUUUUGAUUUUAUGAAUUACUUAAAAUGAGGUGACUUAUCUCGAAAUGUUUAAGAAACUAUUAAAAUUUCUAAUAUAUUUGGUCUUGCCAGACUUUGAAAAAUGUUAGUUAAAGAAUGUUACAAGAUCUUUAAUAAAGGUUGUCAAAAUAAUGUUCGAAAACUUUAUAUAAAAUGGAUCUUUAUAUAAAUUAAUGACAUUUAAGAUCGAUCCUUUUAUAUUUGAAUUCCACUUAUUACUUAAGACCCAAAUAGACUAUACAAGCGGCUUGACAUACUUUUUUCAUUCCAACAUACACUUCACAAACAUUGCCCGUACAAACACCGUUUUUUACGUUUUUGUGGACUUGAAAUAUAUAAAUUUUGUAAAAAAUUGGAUAUUUUUGAAUAUAAACAAUACAAAAAGUUUGACAAAAAUUCAAUAUGUUUGUGUAAAAAUCAGAAUUUGUUUAUUUUUGUACAAGCAAAUUUGUACAAAUACUACACAACAGGCUUGUACAAACGUAAAAUUCUAGUAUGUUUCUCAAGCCGUGUAGUCUAUUUGGUUCUUUAUUUAUUAUUUCGUGGACCAACAUUUUAUACAAAACAAAUUUAGAAUAUCUACAGAUCCUUCUGUUUGGGCUUAACGCUUUCAGUUAACAGUCAGAUAUAUCAGUUUUUACACUUUUCAAUUCAGGAAUUUGAAGAGAGGCAUUAUAAGGAAUAACAUCAGAAGAAUGAGUUAAUUUACAUUUGCAAUAGAUCACUCCACAUAACUCGGGAAAAUAAUUACUUGCUUUGUCCGUCCAACUACAAGAAAUAUUUAAAUUAAAAUGCAACACUGUAUUAAUUUCCAAACAAAAAAUGACUUAAAUUAUUUGAAAUGUCACUAACAACAUAUAGGGCAAUUUUGUAAAACAUAAAAAUGUCAUGACAAUUGUAAAUAGACCAUAAUUAUUAAAUACAAAAACCAAAAACUAAAAAAAAACGGAAAAAUGCAAAAUACGAAACACUUAACGAUUAAUUCGAAAUGUAAUGGAAUUUUAAUAACAAAAUAUACCAAAAUUAAUAAAAUAAAAACAUAAUUUUUAUCAAUGAUUUGCUUCAAAUGUAGAUUUGAGUGUAACGCUUCUUUUAACAAAUGAAAACUCCAACUAAGAAAACCUGUAAAAUAUUUAAUAAAAUAUUAGAUUAAAAUCAGAUUAUUAAAAAUAAAAAUGAAACAAAUUUACAUAUCCGGACAAAAAAGUGUUAAAACUAAAACAAAAUUUAAUUUCUCUUAAAAAUAAUAAAAUACAAAUAAUAAUGAAAUAAUGUGCAAUUUUAAUUGAUUAUUUUUUUAUUUAAAUUAAUAUUUUAAGUUCUAUAGAAAAACACUCCAAGAAAAGCGCCAAUUGUCGUUUUCUUUUAAAACAAUAGAAAUUGGAAAGAAAAGUAAAUAAAAUAAAUUAUGAGAAAUUAUAUUCGAAAAUUGAUUUUAAUCCUUUAUUAAUAAUAUUAAUAAUUUAUUUACAUAGAAUGUAUAACUGUAUUUGUAAGAUGAAUUAAAUGUGUAUUUGGAAAUUCAGAAUGAUAGAUGAAAAGUACAUUACAAAAUUUAAAAUUGACAAAAAAUAAACCCCAUGUAGUUUUAAAACGAACAAAAGAAAAAUUUAAGAUUAAAAAUGAAAAUAAAUUAAAAAAGGAAAAUAAUCUAUUUAAACGAUAAAUGAAAAAACCAAACAAAAAUAUUUCAAUAAAACGUGUCCAAACUAACAGAAACCAAAUAUCGGUGUACAAUUACUCUAUGUAUGUAUAUGUCGGUGUAGGGUUUAUGUAUGAACUUAAGACUUUGUGGAGUAAUCCAUUCACUAUUUAUAACUUGCUGAAUUUUACUAUACUAUAUGUGUCUAUCGAUAAUAGCAUCAUAGUUAUUUUCCAAAGUAAGAUUAUACAACCCUUGGGUUCAAACCGAACUUAACAGAAUAUUUUAUAACUUAUAAUAAAUCAUGUUUGUCGAAUAUUGUUUUUGUAACUUUAAACAGGUCUAUGGACAUUUAGACGAAUAUAUAGUUACACCGACUAAGAAUGUAACAAGGAGCCGGGUUGAGCUUGAUAUUUCAAACGAACCAGACUGGUUGCUAACUAUAAACGGGUUGAAAAGUUAUAAACGUACAGAAGAAAAAUGUUAAAUGGAAAAUUUUUUACGGGUCUACCACCCAAAAUGAUUGAUCGUGGUGGUACUGGUGGUCGUAAUCGUAUGGAAUCGCAUUUCUUUUGGCCCGAUGACACUAAAGUGGACACGGCCGUUGAAAGUCGCAUCAAACGGAGAAAUAGUGUACAAUUGGCAAACACUGAAAGACCUUUGUAUGAAAAACAAACAUCUGUGGCUGAUAUCGAUGUGGAUACUAAGAAAAGAUUUAGCAAGGAAUUUUCUCAAUCUUCUAUACAAUUUUACGACAAUUUGAAUGACAAUCGUUCAAACUCAAGACGAUCAAUGCUAAGAAAUUCUGUGGGAAACAAGAAAAUGGAAAUAGCUGAAAAGCCAACUAAAACAAAACUGGAACUGCCCGAAAGUAUAGUGGAUGAAGCCUAUACUACUGCCAAGAAGAAACAAGCCUAUACAUCAAAAAUAGAGUUUUACGAUUACGUCAACGACAGAGAGGAACCACAAAAUAAUCGCAAUAAUUUGCGAAAACCAAAAAUGGAUAUGAACGAUAAACGAGAAAUGGAAUUGAAUUCAAAGAACAGUCCCAAAUUACAAGUAAAACGUGAUGUCAGAAGUUUGAGCGAAGAAAAAGAACAACGAAAAAUUAAUAAUCGGGAGGUUAAUGCUGUGGAGCGAUCAUCAAAUGAUUAUUAUAAUCGAAGGGAAAGAGAUAUGAUUCUCAAUAAUGAAGAGCGUUAUUUAAAAAGCAGAAGAUCGGUUGAACCCAGAACGAACGUAAGUCCUAAGAGAGGUUUGGCAAAAACCACUAAUAAUUAUCUACAACGUUAUUCUAGCGAGAGGGACAUUUAUAGAGAACCCUCGUUUGAGAGACGUAAGCCAUCAUAUUACGAAAAUACCAGGGAAACGAGAGACUAUAGAAGAGAUGCUGCAACACCAGAAAGAUAUGAAAAUCGUAGAUUUUCACAAAGAGAUGAAAUUUUAGAAGAUAAUUCGUAUUACAGAAGAGAAAGAGAUGAACCCAUAAGAAUUAAUCGAAACAAUAAUAGACAAUAUUACGAUCCACCCGAGGAAAAAGAUGUUGAAUACCAACAUGAAGAGGAAAUAAGAAGUAGAAUGCGAAAUGUACAUUUAAAAUCACCACCAAUACGAAAACAAUAUUUUCCACCAGAGGAGUAUUACGAUGACGAACCACAGCAACAUUAUUAUCGCCACAAUGACCAAAAUAAAACACCCACUACUCGCGGAAGUUCUCAUCAGCGUAUUGACUAUAAUGAACGUGAAGACAAUGAAGUUGAUUUGCCAUAUGAGAACUAUAAUUCCAACAAAAGACUUAACAACAACAAUUCAUCUAUUAAUAAAAUAAAUAAUCAAAUUCAACAGAGACCAGAAUCAGCUCCAACAUCUCCUCCGCCCAGCGAUGCUGAAUCAAUUAAUGCAACUAAGUCUCAAAAACAUUUGCGCAGCAGUCUUUGUUUUAAUAAUGGAGAAAUUAUUGGAGCAAAUGAUGCGACCCAGUCGCCCACAUCAACAUCACAGUAUCCAACACAAAGACGCAAUGCUCGCAGUUCGGCAACUCAACGCGUCAGUGUAGGUUUACCAGAUUGAUCGCAAGACCGCAAACAACCACAAUAAAAACCCGACUAAAAAAUGUAAAUAUUUGUGUGUUUCUUUGUUGUUAAGAAAGCGGCUAGAACAACAACAAAAAAGAGUAACGAAACUAAUUGAAUUUGAAACAACUGUUUGGAUCGAUGGUGUCAUUUGAAUAACAAGUGUGUGGUGCGGCGGUUUCACUACCAACCAUUUGUACGAUCACUUACUGGGUCGUUUGUAAGUUGGCGUCUUCUCAGCGUGACAAGUGUUGCCAAUUUUAGACAUUAGAAUAAUUUUUAUUUGUUUUUUUUUCUUCUGGUGCCUAUUUUUUUCUCGAUUAAUGUAUAAAAAUAACAAAUUUUUUGUUAUAAAAAGAGAAUAAAUUCGUUUAUAUCAGUGUGAAUUAUUAAUAAUAUAUUUGUAACACCCACUCCUUAAAAAUAAAACAAACUUUUAGUUUUUAAAAUAAUUUUGCAAAUAAAUUUGAAAAAAUACCCAUAAUUGUCUAAGUAUUAUUGUUUGCAAAACGAAAUUACAAUUUUUGUAAAUAUUUUUUUUUCUGUACAAUAUAAUAAAAAUAAAACAAUGUAUUAAUUAA